UUCUCUUUGGUCGCAUUAUCAAUUUAAUCUAUCCUCCGCCUGGUGGCAAUAUCAACAAGUAUGAAGCUACUGUCGGAAAAAAAAACGAAUAUCUUAUUUCGACUUUAUCUGUACGGACUACUGAAACAAAAUGUCGAUCUUCGAAAACUAGUUGUGUUCCUCUUUUCUAUUUUAUUAUUGUCCUGCCUUAAACAAUUUAUUGAAUCAUGACGUCUCAGGAAACCGUUCAGUUUCUCAUUGACAUGGGUUUCCAGAAAGAAAAAGCUGAAAAGAGUAUUUCAAUGACAGGAAAUCAAGGUGUUGAAGCUGCAAUGGAGUGGUUAUUGGCACACAAUGAUGAUACAAUGGAACCGUCAACUGCUCAAGAAGGAUCUACUGCAAAUACUAAUUCAGAAACUAAUACCUCAUCUGCAACAGUAGCUAAAUCAUAUAAAUGUGAAGACUGUAACAAAUUAUUUGGUGAUACUACUGCACUUGAAUAUCAUGCCAUGAAAUCAGGUCAUAGUAAUUUAACAGAAUCAACAGAAGAAAUUAAACCUUUAACUGAAGAUGAAAAAAAAGAACAAAAGAAAAAAUUGGAAGAACGUUUAAAGGAAAAGCGUAAGGAACACGAAGCUAAAGAAAAAGGAGAAGAACUAGAAAGAAAAAAAAUUAGAAUUCACUCUGAAAAAGAGAAGGCUGCUGCUAAAAAAAAGCUUGAAGAUGUCGACAUAAAAACAAUCAUGAAUGAAAGAAAACGUGAAAAACAAGAAGAUAAAGUUGCUCAUGAUAAAGUAAUAGCUCAAAUAGAAGCAGAUAAAUUAGCUAGGAAAAAAAUGUAUGGUCAAACUUCUGCAGAAGAACAACCAAAACAAGUUUUACCAGUAGCUCCUCAAAAACAAACAAAGAAGUAUACAGAAACAAAAUUACAGAUUCGUCUUACAAAUGGUCAAACAAUUGUUCAAACAUUUAAUGUUAAAGAAACUAUGGCUGCUGUAAGAGUUUAUAUUGAACUAAACCGUUCUGAUGGUGAAGCUCCCUUCUCUCUCAUUACAAGCUUUCCAAGAAAAGUUUUUACUAGUGAUGAUUAUGAAAAACCACUUGAUCAAUUAGGUUUGGUACCAAGUGCUGUUUUAAUAUUGACUAAGCCACAACAAUAAAAUGAAAAUUGAUGAAAAAGUAAAUAGAUUGUUUAUUAUAUGCGCAUUUACAGUUUACACUACAAAAAUUAAUUUGUACGC